AUCAUAUACUGAAGAGAAAGACUGAGAGACAGAGAGAAUGUCUGAUAAUAAUCAUCUGUGUCUGCUGGGACUGAUCUUUCUCUCUUCACUUCUCACAGGUGUCAGUGGAGUGGAUUAUGAUCAUGUGUUCAUCAGUUCUGGUGGAAACGUCACUCUGUCCUGUAAUAAUGCUCUUCAUGACUGUACAUCAACUACAUGGAUCUAUAAUAACAGACCCAGCAAUUCAACAGUUGAAGUGAUUCAUUUAGGGAUAAAGAGGAAAGACACAGAUAGUCAUGAGAGACUGAGUCUGGGGUCUGACUGCUCUCUGAACAUCAGGAACAUCUCAACAGAAGAUCAUGGAUCUUACAUCUGUCAACAAUGGACUGGUGUGAAGAGAGACCAAAAACAAGAACCUGAUGCUGGUGUUUAUCUGCAUGUUCUUCAUGUCUCAUCCUCACACACUGAGAUCAGUGCAGGUCUCUCUGUGACUCUCUUCUGUCGGCUGUAUUCAUAUCCUCGAGUCUCUUGUGAUGAUUGGAUCCGUUCUGAGAGAAUUCAUCUGUUCUGGGUGAAUCAGACUGGUGUUAAAUCAGACUCCAGAUAUCAGAUAUCAUCCUCAUCAGAUCACUGUAUCAUCUCUCUGAAUAAAACACUCCUGAAUGAAGAUCACAACAGAGAGUGGAGAUGUGAAGUUACUCAGGGAGAUCAAGUCAAGAGCUCAAGAGUCACAUACACUGUCAAGAGAUCAGCUCAAGCUGAUUCAACCACAGCACGGUCCUCAGUCCACAACACAAACUCAACUACAGCAGCAGCAGUAACUUCUACAGAAGCUCCAGAUUCAACACUGAAUCCAUUCAGCAGCUAAAUCUCUGAGAUGACAUCGAGCCGGACUACAGCAGCAGCUCCU